CCAGGUGCAAGAGCAUACAACUCGGAAAACAGCCAAAGUCCCGCAGAGAACAUAGAAUCCGAAUCAACGUUUAUAGGAUCACCUGGUUCAGAACAAAGUCCUGCCUGGAAUGCCGGAAUUCCUUCUCUUCAUAUCCUUUGGUCUACUGGCUUCGAUGAUAUACCAUCUCCUCCAAUUCAGAGCCCAUUAAGGCACACAGUGACAGGAUCCAGUGACUUAAGUGACAGUGACCUCAGUGACAGCGAUACUGAUUUAGUGCACAGUGUCUCAUCCCUAAGUUCAGACAUGGAAAGCGAAGGGUCAAUAAGUGAGACGGAUGCUUCUGAUGCUACGACUCCUUCUGUUCUUAAUUCCUAUCCUAGUUGUGAUUCCUCUUCAACUUCCACAUCGAUUUCCAGCUCAGGCUCCAAUUACAUUAUUAUUUCCAGUUCUAGUCCUAUACCCAGUUCCAGCUCCAGUGCUGAAGACUCGGAAGGUAACUCAGUGAUAUUUGUAGGCAGUAGCAACACAAGGUCAUCACCAGGCUCCCUAUCCGAAACCAGGCAUGAAAAUAGGUCUCUGAGUCCAAUAACAUUUGAUUACGGUGACUCCUGGGACCAGUUCUACCCCGUCAUUUAUGACAGUGAUGACCAGUGGGCAGGACUUCCCACAGUACAGAUUGACAACUUGCCUAUAAGGUCUUAUGCUGAAGGCGAUGCAUUACAAUCCUGUGCCAUCUGCAUCACCGAGUACACAGAAGGCAACCGAGUUCGCAUCUUACCUUGCACCCAUCAAUUUCAUGUCGACUGUGUUGAUCGCUGGCUGUCGGAGAAUUCUACCUGUCCGAUUUGUCGUACGGAAGUAGCAUAUUCUGCUCAAAGGCAAAAUUCUGAUUGAGAUCUGAAUUCUCAGCUAUAGAUACUGUUAAAGUGUCACCUGCUUAUGACCACUUCUGGAGUGGACAACAGUUUGACUCUAAUCUAUAGGUAUUAGAUAUAGGUAUUUCUUCAA